AUGCAUGUAACGCGUCCGUUACACCGCCACGUACCCCCGACGGUGCAGAACUGCCCGAACUUGUUCUGCGAGGCCACGUGCAGCCCGCCGUCCAGCGCCGUCACCCGCGUCUCGAACUUCUCCUGCCCGUCCACGGCGGCGAAGCCCGACCUCAGCCUCCCGCCGCCGCCCGCCUACGGGGAGCUAAAAGAAGAAAAUGCCAAGUUAAGAAGCAGGAUUCACCAGCUUCAGAUCCUCUCCGAGGCCCAAGUAGACAAGGUAAGGAAGCUUGAAAAAAAACUAGAAGAGAACAAGAUUAAAGAGCAAAAGGAAGCCCAGGAUCUAGAAGCCAUGGUCCAGCAUGUGGAACAGAAUCUCCAAUUGAUGACCAAGCGAGCAGUGAAAGCUGAAAAGUAUGCUGCAAAACUAAAGCAGGAAAAUGCAGUACUUCAGGUUCAGCUGAAGCACUUCAAGACAGAGAAUGAAGCCUUGAAGUCUGGCCAGUCUGCUAGUCUGGCCAUAGUCAAACAAAAUGCAGAAGUUGCCUUGCAGAAUCUUCUCACAGUUAUAACCAACUCUCAGUCUUCAAUAAAGCAGUUGGUUUCUGGAGCAGAAUCGCUGCAGCUGGUUGCUGAACUUCUUAAAUCGAUAGACAGAAUAUCUGAAAUAUCAGAGGAUGAACCAUGAAAAGCUACACGUGGUAUUCCGAUGAGAGCUGUGUUUACAUGAAGAAAUCACUACUUUUGAGAUUUACUACUUUAAUGUAUUAUGAACCUAAACAUAUACAACCUUUACCCGUACUUCUACUGUGGAAAACUGCUAUGCAUUGGUGCAGUAUUAACCCUUCCUGUAUCAACAGUACAAAGAGAGCCUCUGAGUCGCUGGAAUCCAAUGUAGCUUAGCACAUUGGUGCUCUGCUGGAUUGCGAUGCAAGGGACCUGUCCUUUUAUUUCGAGCAUUGCAGACUCCUCGUGGGUGUUGGACUCAACUAUUCUCCUCGCAGCCUUCUUCCUCCAUUAGUGCUGUGACUGCUGUCGAUAUCUUUCACCAUUCAGGAGCAACAGUACUUGGAGUGGUUGGUGGGGUUUUUUCACUGCCAUGGAUGAGGUACAGCAGCAAAAAUAUUUUUUAUUAACUUUGUAUAAUAAAAUGUGGGAAGGAGCAAUUAUAAGGCAGCAAUGGUUUCAGCUCUUCAGUUUGAAAAUGCCUUUUUAAUUGGAUUAAACUUUGUAACCACUCUUUUUUUAGAGAGAGAGAAAUUAAAUUGCAUAUAAUACUGCUGUUGUGGAUGACUUAUGCCUUCUCUGAGGGGUGGAUUUUUCUAACUAAGAAAUAUGUAGCUGUCUGUUUGGUUUUUUGGGGGGGGGGGGGGGGGGGUGAGAAUACUACCAUUGUAUCCCUGAGGCAGCUACUUUGGGAGAGCACACUGAAGGCAGGAGAAACACGUUACACACCCUCCUUCCAUGCCUUUUAAACACCAAGGUGUUUAUUUCAACCUAACAGCAGCCCCUGCUCUGCCCACGGCCCCCUGAAACCAGGAACUCCAAGCUGAAAUUUGUCC